CCCCGGCAGGUGCGGGACACGGCGGCGGCCCUGAACCGCACGGCGGAGCCCAGCCUGCAGAGCCUGGAGCGGCAGCUGGCGGGGCGGCCCGAGCCCCUGCGGGCGGUGCAGCGGCUGCAGGGCCUGCUGGGCGCGCUGCUGGGCCACACGGCCGCCAUCCCCUUCUGGAGAAACCCGGCCGUGUCGCUGGAGGCGCUGGCCGAGCAAGUGGACCUCUACGACUGGUACAGGUGGCUGGGCUACUUGGGCCUGCUGCUGCUGGACGUCAUCAUCUGCCUCCUGGUGCUGGUCGGCCUCAUCCGCAGCUCCAAGGGCAUCCUGGUCGGGGUCUGUCUGCUGGGGGUCCUGGCCCUGGUCAUCAGCUGGGGCGCACUGGGCUUGGAGCUGGCUGUGUCCGUGGGCUCCAGUGACUUCUGUGUGGACCCCGACACCUAUGUGACCAAGAUGGUAGAGGAGCACUCGGUGCUGAGUGGGGACAUCCUGCAAUACUACCUGGCCUGCACGCCCUACACCGCCAAUCCCUUCCAGCAGAAGCUGUCGGGCAGCCACAAGGCACUGGUGGAGAUGCAGGACGUCGUGGCCGAGCUCCUGAGGAGUGUCUCCCGGGAGAGCCCGGCCACCAAGGACCCCCUGCUCCGUGUCCAGGAGGUGCUGAACAGCACGGAGGUGAACCUGCAGCACCUCACCGCCCUGGUGGACUGCCGCAGCCUGCAUCUGGACUAUGUGCAGGCGCUGACCGGCUUCUGCUACGACGGCGUCGAGGGCCUCAUCUACCUGGCCCUCUUCUCUUUCGCCACGGCUCUCAUGUUCAGCUCCAUUGUCUGCAGUGUCCCGCAUACCUGGCAGCAGAAGAGAGGCCCUGAUGAGGAUGGGGAAGAGGAGGCUGCCCCGGGACCUCGGCAGGCACACGACAGCCUCUACCGUGUCCACAUGCCCAGCUUGUACAGCUGUGGCAGCAGCUACGGCAGUGAGACCAGCAUCCCGGCCGCAGCCCACACCGUCAGCAACGCCCCCGUCACCGAGUACAUGAGCCAGAAUGCCAAUUUCCAGAAUCCUCGCUGUGAGAACACCCCACUCAUUGGGCGCGAGUCCCCGCCGCCCUCAUACACCUCCAGCAUGAGAGCCAAAUACCUCGCCACGAGCCAGCCUCGCCCUGACUCCAGCGGCAGCGGCCAUUAGACCGCGCUCCGGCCAGCCGCCCACCCCACGUGCCAACUGCCCCCUCCCUGUGCCAGCACUGCCGCUGCCACCCGGCCACCCGCCAGACCCUCUGCACGCCACGCCAGGCCCGCCCGGACGAGUCUGCGGGCCGCUCGCCCCCCUCUCCCCUUCCCGCAGGGGCACAGCUGACAUGGGGUCUCUGGCGCACCCCCAGCUUGGGCCACACCUGACACCACCGGCACCCGGCCCUGCACGCCGCC